AUGAGGUUCUUCCGAACACUAGAAGUCUCCGUUGCCGGAGCAUUACUCCUUUCUAGCUACGCCUCAGCCUCCAUACUACUCCCUCGGGGACAACCACGCCAACCGGCACUCUCGGCUACCCACCAAGAUGCGGACUCGCCAGCACCAGAGACGGCCAAGCGGGUGACAGAAGACAACCCCAUCCAGCCAAGGGCAUGCACGGCAGAACGGCUCAAGAACGGCGGCUUCGACGGCGACAAGCCGGACCCCUUCGUCGUCACCUACGCGCCCGAGCUGCACUUCGCCUCCGUGACGGACAAGGACGAGCCGCACGUCGUCGCCGGCGACAAGGCCGGGCGCUACCUCUACGCCAUGUUCAGCGAGCCCGGCGGGAACAACGCCAGCGUCUCCGCCCAGCGCGCCGUGCGCAUGACGCAGAAGCUCGCCGGCAUGGCCGCCGGCGACACGUACCAGUGCUCCGGGUCCUUCCAGGCGGCCGUCCAGUCGUGGCGGUCCAACCUGAUGCUCGGCGCCAUCGACGCCCGCGUUCAGGCCGUGGCGUACGUUGGCGGCGUGCCGUGCGCGGUCGGGUCGUACGAGGGGGCCGGCAUCGCCAUGUCCACGGGCGGUGUGUGGCAGGAGGUCAGGUCGCUGGGCCGGCAGAGGGCGGGGACGGACGAGCCUGAGUUUGUGCUCGAAGUGUAUGCUUUCCAGUGGGGGAACUCUGACCCGACUUGGUUGUUCCUUGGGUUGGAUAACGUGUCAGUUAUCGGGAGUAAUGCUUGCUGA